AUGAGCGAUUCGCAGAAGUGGUCGGCAUUCGAUGACUCCGAGGCGCCCAAGCGUCCUAGGGACGUUGCAAAGCAUGCGAUUGAUGUCCCGAUUACAGAAUCAAACAGAGGAGAAAGACGUUCAGGAUUUGGUGUACUGAUGGAGCCCGCAGCGCUGCACAACAUGCGCAAUCGUCUCAUGUUUGGCAGCUUGGUGGGCUUUGUUACUGGUGCGACGUUUGGAGGCAUUGACGGAGCUAAGCUGUAUAUGAAGCAGCAUGGGAAGCAGCCAUCUACUGCGGCUUUGAGUUUUGUUGCGCGUGGAGCGGCUGUAACAGGAGGAGCUUUUUCUGGUUUCUUCUUUCUGUACUGCGGCAUCAAGACUGCACUCGUGACGCAACGCGAAGACGAUUUGAUCAGUGUUGGAAUCUCCACCGUGGCUGCAGGACUGCCAUUCGUGCGGUCCACGGUCAUGAAGCAGAAUCUACCGUACGCUGCUAUGCUGGUGGCACUCGACCAUUUUCACGAGGAGCUAAGCGAGUUUCGGAAAUAA